CUCGAGCAAGUUUUACUUCUCCCUAGUGUAGGGUGUUUGCCAGCAGCCUGCACUCUCGGAAAUCAGACUCAAGUGACUGGGGACCCUUGAGAUCAAAGGCUUACCAUGCUUCUCCCUAGGAGGGCCAGGGACUGCUGACGUGACCACUGACGGUUAUUCGUGGCUUUUAUAAUUAACUAAAAGAAUGGACAAGCUUAAUAAAAUAACUGUCCCUGCCAGUCAGAAGUUGAGGCAGCUUCAAAAGAUGGUCCAUGAUAUCAAGAACAAUGAAGGUGGAAUAAUGAACAAAAUCAAAAAGCUGAAAGUCAAAGCACCUCCGAGUGUUCCUCAAAGGGAUUAUGCCUCAGAGAACCCUGCUGACGAAGAGGAGCAGUGGUCCGAUGACUUCACACACAGAGUUUCAGCCACCCUUCCUGUUAAGUGGCCCACAUGCUCCCCCAGGAUAGUGGUUCAGGACAGCGACUAUGAACACCCAGACGAUCACUCGGACUCAGAGAUGUACGUGCUGCCCGCCGAGGAGACUGGGGACGACAGUUACGAGCCGCCACCUGCCGAGCAGGAGAAAAGAACCGUUCACCCAGCCCUGCCCUUCGCCAGGGGCGAGUAUAUAGACAAUCGGUCAAGCCAGAGGCAGUCUCCACCCUUCAGCAGGACGCUUCCCAGUAAGCCCGACUGGCCUUCGGCAAAAGCAAAAGCCAGGCUGACCUCCACUCUGCCGACCCUGACUUCUCUUCAGAAACCUCAAGUCCCACCCAAACCCAAAGAACUUGAGGAUGAGGUUGAUUACGUGGUCCCCGUGGACGAUGAAGAUGAGAACUACAUUCACCCCACAGAAGACAGUUCACUCCCAGAUGAAAAAGCUCCCAUGGUGAAUAGAUCCACCAAGCCAAGUAACUCCUCAAAGCCAGCCUCUCCUCCGGGGACAGCUUCAGGUCGUAACCGUGGGGCCUGGGACGCCAAGUCGCCUUCUGCUGCACCGUCCCCACUGCCCAGGGCCGGGAAGAAACCAGCCGCACCACUGAAGACAAUUCCAGUUGCCUCCCCACAAAGUGCCUCAAGUGUUUGUGAAGAAAAACCUAUACCUGCUGAACGCCACCGAACAUCUAGUCACAGACAAGAAAAUAUGCAAUCAUCAGUGUUUCCUCCUGCCCAGAAACAAAUCCAUCACAAACCCAUACCUCUGCCAAGAUUUCCAGAAGGGGGAAGCUCAGCUGUGGAUGGCCUAUUUUCAUCUAACCCCCAUUUGUCAGAACAGGAAGCGGACAUUCACUGCAAGCCGUGGUAUGCUGGUGCCUGCGACCGGAAGUCUGCUGAAGAGGCUUUAUACAGAUCAAACAAGGAUGGAUCAUUUCUUAUUCGGAAAAGCUCUGGCCAUGAUUCCAAACAGCCAUAUACACUAGUUGUAUUCUUUAAUAAGCGAGUAUAUAAUAUCCCUGUGCGAUUUAUUGAAGCAACAAAGCAGUAUGCUUUGGGCAGAAAGAAAAAUGGUGAAGAGUACUUUGGAAGUGUUGCUGAAAUUAUCAAGAAUCAUCAACAUAGCCCUCUGGUUCUUAUCGACAGUCAGAAUAAUACAAAAGACUCGACGAGACUGAAAUAUGCAGUUAAAGUUUCAUAGAUUUUUUGGAAAAAGAUAAUCAUCAUUGCUUCAGACGUUUUCCUUAUUUCUACUUUUGAGAAAAAGUCCCCAAACUUCAUAUUUUGGAUUCUGAAUCAUCCAAUGAUAAGAUAGAAGAUGGAAGCAGCUCCUGAAGUGGUCAUCCAUUUCUUUAUAAGCAGCUCACACGGACUGGUUCUAUUGCCUGACCUAAUAAACUGUGAAUAUUUGGUGAGGUUGAGUUAUCAUGCUACUAAUAUUCUCCAAAUAAACGUCUUUAUUUAAAAGAAA